AUGUCGGCUCUUCGCCCCAACCACAGGGAAAAGGCUGCCCCUAAGGGUGGUGCCUUGAAUGGCCUCAUCGACCCGACCAAGACGGGGAAAUACCCCGUCAUCCUGAGCGACACGCUCCUCGGGCGCACUCAGAAAGACGUCUUUACCGCCGUACGAUAUAACCACAAGCCUGAUCUCCCCUCCGAGCCCGCGACAGCAAGGCUUAAACCCGAGACGCCCGGCUCCAAAUCCAACUUUGACCUCUCCUUUCCCGGUGCCGAUGGCGGAACGUACGCCUACGCUGGCACUCGCACAAUGGACGACAACCAAUAUAUUCUCUACUUCGAUCCGGCCCGCAAAGCCUUCAUCCUCGAUAAGGUCGAUUCCACCUUCCACAUGAACCUUACCCGUACGCCCUCAAACGACAACCCGGAGACCUUGCGCCAGCAGUUCGAGCAGCUCGACACGUCCAUCACCGCGACACCAGCCAAGCCCCAUGCCUCCUCCUCUGCCGCCCAAGAUAAGCCUCAGGCGAAGCCAAAGACCAAGGCCGCAGCUGCAGCAAAGCCAAAAGCACCCGCGAAACCCCGGCAGCAGAAGAAGAAAGAACCCGUUAGCAUUCAGCUCGCGCUCCCGACAAAUGACGCGCCUGCGCCCCCGCCGCCGAAACCCGCUGCUGUGCCGACGCCGAAGAAGGAGAAGCCCGCGCGCAAGGCCAUGGGAUCCGACGAGGAAGACGACGACGACGAUGAUGAUUUCGGUCUGACGAUAGAGUACCCCGACGAGAACAAGAACAAAAAGACAGACUUCUCGCCCGCGUUCCCGUCGCAGGGUAUCAAUAUUAGGCGUUUCUCUGACUUCCUGCGCGACUCAGAGGCGGACGAUGCGGAUGGCGAGUCGGACAAUGAUGAGGUGCCGUUCCCCGACUUUAACCUGCCCAGCCCCGUCAACAACCAGGUGCGGCAGCAGCAGCAGCAGCAUCAUGAGGAGGUCGAGGUCGAGCACGACCAGAUGGAGAUGGACUCGGAGCCGGAUUUUGAGGACGCACUUGAAGACGAUCUCGAAGCCGAGUUGGAGAAGGAGCUGGAGGCUGCGAACAGCGGCGACGCGGAGGAGAGCGAGGUCAGUGAGGAAGACUGA